AUGGAGCUGGGGACCCUAGAGAGCAGCUACCUGGACCUCCUCAACAGCAAUGCUGACCCCAUGCAGCUGUACCACCUCUGUGACCACCUGGACCUGGCUGGAGAGGAGACGGACAUCUGCUCAGAACCCGACAAGGACACCAUCAACUGUGAGCAGCUCCAUGGUCUCUUUUGUGACAUAGAAGAUGACGAAGAGACCAGGGAAGCUUAUAACAGUAUUGCGGACCUGGAUUCCUACAUCUUCCAGGACGCCCAGCCAGACAGCUGGAGCAGAGAUGCCUUCAGCAAGCACAUGGGCGUGGAAGACAGCGCGGGAGACAGCGGGAAGGCCCUGGAGGAGGCCGGGCAGCGGGGCCCAAAGAGAUCCUGCCCGGAGGAGGUGCUGCCCGCAGACCCCAAGCACCGGAAGCUGGUCCCGGAGCUCCUGCCCCAGCCCCCCCUGGUCCCGCCUGGCCUGCUGAGCGAGGAGCCCGCAUUUCGCCAGAGCCCACCGGAGGCCGUCCUGGUGCCAGUGCUCCCACUCCCCACCGACUCCCCGACGACGUGCCUGCAUCUCCAAGCCGGACCCCUUCAGCUCAUCCCCACGCAGCCCCAGACGUUCUGGCAGAUCUCGGGGACCGGAGCAGGCACCCCCAUCCUCAUCUACCAAAGUCAGAUGCCUCAGGCGGGCCGCAAAGCCCCUCCCUGCACCCCCGGCAUCCAGAGCCUCCCCGAGUCCCCGGGCCGGCCAGGCUCCACCAGCCCCUUCGCUCCGUCUGCCUCCGACCUUCCGGGCCUGCCCGAGCCCACCCUGACGUCGCAGGCCCCCACCGCAGCUGUUGCUUCCCCAGAGGAUGCGGCCACCCGCAGCCCCGGCCCGGCAGAGGCCAGCAAGCCCCCAACAUGGUCUGAGAGUGUGGAGCGGUUCCAGCGCUCGCUGCGGGACAAGUACCAGGCGGAGCCGCUGGGCCCGGAAGGCUUCCUGGUGGAGGUGGACCUGGUGAGGGCACGGCUGGAGAGGAGCAGCAUCAAGAGCCAGGAGCGGGAGCUGGCCAUCCUGGACUGGACCGAGCGGCAGCCGGCCCGUGGAGGGCUGGCCGCCAUCCUGCUGGCCCCUGGGGCCCGCCGGCGGCCGCAGGACACGCAGGUGAUCGCUGCGCUGGGCAAAGCCGGCCAGGGGAAGAGCCUGUGGGUGCGGAGCGUGGCCCGCGCCUGGGCCAGCGGCCAGUUGCCCCAGUUCGACUUCGUCUUUCUCCUCCGCGGCCACUGCCUGGACCGUCUGGGCGACCCGUGCCGCCUGCAGGACCUGCUGUCCCUCGCGGCCUCGCAGCCACUGGACGCCGAGGUCCUGGACCACGUUGUGAAGCGGCCACACCGCGUCCUGCUCAUCUGGGACGCGUUCGAAGAGCUGGAAGCCCAGGACGGGCCCCCCCACGGUGCGAGUGGACACGCGUGGACGGAGCCCUGCUCGCCGCGGGUGCUGCUGGCCGGCCUCUUCCAGCGCAAGCUCCUGCGAGGUUGCACCAUGUUGCUGGCCGCCCGGCCCCGCGGCCGCCUGGCCCUCAGCCUCAGCAAGGCCGACGCGCUGUUCGAGGUGGCCGGCUUCUCCGCCCGGCAGGCCGAGGCCUAUGUGAGGCGCCACUGGGCGCACCGGGACAGGCCGGAGCUCCAGGACGAGGCCCUGCGGCUCCUCCACGCACACCCCUUCCUGCUCGGCCACUGCCGCAUCCCCGCGGCGUGCCAGGCCGUGUGCCGGCUCGCGGAGACCCUCGUGGGGCAGGCGGAGGGGGCCCCGCUGCCCUCCACGCUCACUGGACUCUACGUGGGGCUCUUGGGCCCAGCCGUCCGCGGCAGCCCACCGGGGGCCCUGGAGGAACUGGCCAGGCUGGCCUGGGAGCUGGGCCGCCAGCACCACAGCACCCUGCGGGCCGAGCAGCUCCCGUCGGCCGAGCUCAGGGCCUGGGCAGGGGCUGCGGGGCUCCUGCAGCCGGUGCCGGGCUCCCACGAGGCUGAGCUGGCCUUCCCCAGCCUCCUCAUGCAGUGCUUCCUGGCGGCCGUGUGGCUGGCCCGGAGCCCCCACGUCAAGGACAAGGAGCUGCCGCAGUACCUGGCCUUGACGCCCAGGAAGAAGAGACCCUACGACAACUGGCUGGAGGCCGUGCCCCGCUUCCUGGCCGGGCUGGUCUUCCAGCCGCCCGCCCACGGCCUGGCCGCACUGGUGGGGCCCGUGGCGGCCACCGUGAGCGGCAGGAAGCAGAAGAUGCUGAGCCGGUACCUGAAACGCCUGCAGCCCGGGCUGCUGCCAGCCGGGCGGCUGCUGGAGCUCCUGCACUGUGCCCACGAGGCGGAGGACCCCGGCCUCUGGGAGCACGCCCUGCACGGGCUCCCCGCCCACCUCGGCUUCCCAGGCACCCGCCUGGCGCCCCCCGAUGUGCACGUGCUGGCCCGGGCCCUGAAGGCCGCCGGCCGUGAUUUCACCCUGGACAUCCGCAGCACGGGCAUUGACCCCCCGGGCCUGGCCACCCUCGUGGGACUCAGCUGCGUCUCCUGUGUCAGGGCUGCCUUGAGCGACGCGGUGGCGCUGUGGCGGUCUCUGCGGCAGCAGGGACAGACCGGGCUGCUGCGGGCGGCAGAGGACAAAUUCACCAUCGAACCCUUCAAGGUCGAGUCCCCGAAGGACGUGGAGGACCUGAUCGACCUCGUGCAGCUGCAGAGGGCCCGAGGGACCCCCGGGGACGCCGAGCCAGGGGAGCUCCCGGCUGUCCGGGGCCUGAGGAAGCUGGAGUUUGCGCUGGGCCCCGUGCGGGGUCCCCAGGCCUUCCCCAGACUGGUCGGGAUCCUGGAGGCCUUCUCCUCCCUUCGGUACCUGGACCUGGACUCGCUGAGUGAGAACAAGAUCGGGGACGAUGGAGUCACUCUGCUCUCGGCCGCCUUCCCCCGGCUGAAGGCCCUGGAGACGCUCAACCUGUCCCAGAACAGCAUCACCGACGUGGGCGCCUGCAAGCUGGCGGAGGCGCUGCCCGCCCUGGCCGCCUCCCUUCUCAGGCUGAGCUUGUACAAUAACUGCAUCUGCGACAAGGGAGCUCAGAGCCUAGCCCACGUGCUGCCCGAGAUGGGGACCCUCCAGGAGCUGGAUGUCCAGUACAACAAGUUCACAGCGUCGGGCGCGCAGCAGCUGGCCGCCAGCCUGAAGAAGAGCCCGCAGGUGAAGAGGCUGGCGCUGUGGACACCCACCAUCCCAUUCGGUGUCCAUGAGCACUUGCAACUGCUGGACUCCCGGAUCAGCCUGAGGUGACCCCAGCAGGACAGGGAUGAG